AUGCUCGGGCGUGCGGUACUGCUGCGAUUGCCCAUCCGCCAACGCCUACCCUUGUCGCUGCCAUCACAACACCAAGUCGAAGUCAGCUCCCGCGUACUAUUCUCCCAGAGUCACCGAGACUAUGCGAAACCGGGCCGACCGCGUAACGUAGUCGGCGAGCCCUCGCGACCAGUCAAACGCAGUGUUAAACGCGCUGCACCAAAAGCCACCAACCUCGAAGACUCACCCGCGAAACAAGGCAAUGAGGCGCGCAAGAAGGCAGCAGCGGCAAGAAAGUCCCCAGCUGCGAAGGCGAAGAAGCAGCCAAAGCCACGGAAGGAGCUGACGGAAGCCCAACAAGCAGCCAAGCUUGCGAGGACGGAAAGUGAGAAGAUCCGGGCAUUGAAGAAGGUUGCGCUUGUUGACCCAAUCGUGCCACCUGCAAAUGCGUACAUCAUGUUCCUUAAGGAGUAUUCGAAGAAGGGUGGUCUGAGUGGUAGCACGAAGGACAGGCAGGAACAGAGGGGCAGACUUACGGAACACAGUAAGGCAAUGGCUGCGGCAUGGAAGGAAUGCUCGCCCGCCGAUAUAGAGCAUUACAACCACCUGGCCCACCAAGCUAAAGAAACAGGACAAGCGGACUACAAGAAAUGGGUCGAAUCACACACCGUCGACAAGAUAGCCGCGGCAAAUCGUGCCCGUCAGCAGCUGCGCAGACUAGAAAAGAAGGUCGCCGAUGACGCCAGCCCACACAAGAAGCUCUAUGGCGUGCGAGUGCAAUCGAUCCACGACGAGCGCAGAGUCAAGAGCCCAAUUUCCUCGUAUUUCCAGUUCAGCAUCAAUCGUCAGGCCAGCGGGGAUUUCAAAAACAUCACGGUCCAGGAGCGUGCGAAGCUGAUUGGGCAGGAGUGGAAGGCUUUGAGUCAGGAGGAGAAGGAUAAGUACAAGCAGCUGUCGAACGAGGAGACGAAGCGAUACAAGGACGAAUAUACCACUGUUCACGGCCAUCUGCCUCCUUCUUUCAUGGCUGAGCCGGCUGCGGUCGCUGCUGCUGCCGCUUGA